GCUGCCAUCGCGUCUGAGGGCGCGGCCUUGUCACGGGCCCUGUCGGUCGCCAAGCGCUCGGGCGGGGCCGAGGGGGGCCUCGCCCGGCCGACGCAGCGCGCGCUCGAAGAGGUGAAAGAGCUGACCAUUGCAGACCAGCGGCUGUCGCGGCUCUUCACGACUGAGCUGGUCGGUUUUAAGAAAUCGAACUCAGAGGGCCAAUGCGAGGAGGCAUUGGUUGCAGCGAACAAGCAGCUCACGGAAUCAAUCGAGAAACUUUGGGCCGAG